AUGGAGUGCACGAGAGAGGCAGCUUGCAAGUGCUCACAUCGCCGACGACUCGCUCGCGACGCGCGUAACAACGAGCAAACGAGCCACUCGAAAGCGGUUCGCGACUCUUUCAACGACUGGUACCUGCGGGCGUUUGUACUCAAGUACUUGUGCAUAACAGGUGCGCAGGCCAUCCAGUAUUUCACCCCUGAACUGGUUAAGGGGCUGCGACCGAAUGCCGGAAUCAUAGAAGUCCAAUUCUUGACGGCGCCCGUGUAUGCGGUGGCGCUUGUCGCCCUCCUCGGCUCUUCGUUCCCGCCCAACCUCCUCAAGGAGUGCCCUCUUCAUUUUGCCACGGCGUCGGCGUCAGCGCUCGCGGUUGUCGCCUUCGCGAUCCUAUACGGCGUUCUCGACAAGGUCGACCGCUAUGCCCUGAAUUGUUUUGUCGUCCCAGUGAGAUCGGGCGGAAUUUACCGUGCGAAAGGGUUGGAGGUGAACUGUAUUUCCCUAUCGGCAGUCUCAUAUCCUUCAGAGAAGCGAGACAUCUCGCAAGCGGCUGUCAAUGCACUAGGGAACAGUGCAUUGAUGUUUUUCAUGGCGAUCGCAUCCAGCAUGGCCUUCAUACUGCGCCACCUGCAGGCACAGUACCCCUACCCAGAGCUCGCGGAGCUGCUGAGACCUGACCAGGAGAUGGGCCCCGCUCAGAGGUAGGAGCUUGAGUGGCCGGGUACGAGAAGGGGCAGGCUGGCUUGCGCGUUAUUCUAAGAGCAACUCAUAACUCGUAGCAUAUACUUUUGGGGAACUUUUCAAGAAGCGGUGUUUUUUCACCUGCCCAGACAGAGGGCCUGCAAGGAGAGCAGCAUGCAAUGAGAGCAUGUGGUGAUGAGGGGCGGUAAGCCUGAGUCUCAAGCAGCAUCAAGGUUGACUGUAGCCGGUACUCCGCACAACGAAGCUUACAUGAUGCAUUUUAACUUUGGUAUGCCGUAUGAAUCCACAAAAAUCAUUAAAUGUGAUUACAUAGAUAUACCCGUCGUCAGAGGAGAAACAUGCUAAGAGGGUAUCACUGAAGGAAGCUUGCUGAAGUUAGGUGGGGGUAUGAAUUGAAUCAAUCAAUCAAUGUGUGCCGGGCCGCG